AUGUGGUCUCAUUUGCAACGAGGAAGUUCACCCGUAGAUUGGUGUGAAUCAAAUUAUUCAAUUUCUCCAAUAAUAGCAGAAUUUGUAAACACCGUGAGCAACAUUCUAUUUUUUUUAUUUCCGCCCAUUUUGAUUCACUUAUUUCAAGAGUAUGCGAAGUUUGUCAAUCCUGCUAUAAAUGUCUUGUGGGUCCUACUUAUGGUGGUUGGCUUGAGCUCUGCUUAUUUCCAUGCUACUUUAAGUUUAGUGGGUCAGUUGCUGGAUGAACUGGCAAUACUAUGGGUAUUCAUGGCUGCUUUUGCAAUGUUCUUCCCCAAGAGACAUUUUCCAAAAUUUUUAGGAGGAAAUAGGAGGAAGCUUGGGUUUUAUGCCAGCGUCUUUGCGGUGAUGUCCACCGGUUUCCUGGUGAUGCACCCGGCUGCCAACGCGUUCGCUUUGAUGACAUUGGCGCUACCGGCUCUCGGCUUUUUAUACAAAGAACUUCAUCGAGUAAAAUGCGCUCGCGUGUAUCGCUUAGGGCUGCGUUGCGUAGCAGUUUGUUUUCUCGCAAUGUUUUGCUGGAUCAUUGACCGAAUGUUCUGUGACACGUGGCUUUCCAUCGACUUUCCCUACCUGCAUGGAGUGUGGCACAUCCUUAUUUUUAUCGCAAGUUAUACAGCACUGGUGCUGUUCGCUUACUUCAACGUGUUCGACGAGAGACCGGAACAAAGGCCACAGCUACGAUACUGGCCCAGAAACGAUUUCGAAUUGGGUAUUCCUUACAUAACCUUUAAACAUCCAUGCAAAAAAGAUAGAAAUUUGGCUAUAUAG